AUGCCAUACUACAGAGGCAGAACUUCUGAACUAUGGAAUCAUUUUGAGCCUGUAGAAGGUGAUAAAGCUAAAUGUGGCUACUGCAGUAUUAAAUUGAGUACUGCAGGUGGAAGCCUGAAUAAUUUAAAAAGACAUUUGCUAGCAAGACAUCCAACAGUGACUAUUAAUUGGAAAGAAUCCAAUCAGCAAAGAGAGUUACCUCAUGCUGAACAUGAUAUACAAACAAUCAGCAUCUCAACUAUUUCUUCUAGUUCACCUAACGUUGCACAGACCAGUUCAGUUUUGACUCCAAUUCCAUCAUCAGGUGCAUCUGAGUAUUUUCAACAGCUACCUAAUCGUCUACAUGCCCAAACACGAAUGACCGACUUUGUUCAACAAAGUCGACCAAUUUCAGUGACUAAAAAAAAACAAUAUGAUGAACAACUUGCUAAAAUGAUUGUGAAGAGAUAUUAUCCAUUUGCAAUUGUUGAAGACCCUGAGUUCAAGAAAUUUUUAAAUUUGUUAAAUCCUUCAUAUACAUUACCUAGUAGGAAGACCAUAUCUAACAAUAUUAUACCAAGACUUUAUGAAAGUUCUAAAAAUGAUGUGCAACGUUUAAUAGAUCAAACUAUAGCUGUAUGUCUCACAACAGACUGUUGGACUUCAAAUGAGAAUACAAGUUUUAUGGCCACAACUGCUCAUUUUUUUGAUAUAGACACACAAUUGAAAUCUUUCUGCCUUGAUUGCACAGAAUUUGAUGAACGACAUACAGGUGACAAUAUUAGUGAAAAACUUAUUACAACUAUGAGAAAUUGGAAUAUUUCUCAUAAAGUGACAGCAAUUGUCAGUGACAAUGCUGCCAAUGUAACAAGUGCUAUUCAAAAGACUAAGUAUCGUCAGGUUUCGUGUUUUGCGCACACAUUGAACCUAGCUGUCCAGAAUGGUCUUAAGCAUAUUUCACCUAUCACCCAAAAGGUUAAAAGUAUAGUAGAAUACUUCAAGCGAAGCCAUCAUGCGUUAGCCAAGUUAUAUGCUACUCAAGAUCAGAUGAAUCUACCAAAACUGAAACUCACACAAGACGUUGUCACUAGGUGGAACUCCACUUUUGAUAUGUUACAACGAUUUGUUAAAGUUAAGGAUGCUAUAAAUUCUACAUUGGCAGUUCUUCAAGCAAAUGUAGAGAUAUUAACUCCAGAAGAAUGGAUAAUUGUUGAAAAAGCUUCAGUAGUUCUAGAAAUAUUUUAUGAGGUGACAAAGGAAAUCUGUGGUGAUCAAUAUGUUACACUAUCGUCUGUAUUGAUUUUUACUGGUGUCAUUUUAGAGUCUAUGAAAAUGUACGAACAAGAUAUAAGUUUGCCAAUUGAAAUACAUGAAAUGGUAUCUACUUUGAAACAACAAACACUGACUCGUCUAAAACCGCUAGAAGACAAUGAUCUCGUUACACAGGCUGCACUAUUGGAUCCGCGAUACAAAAAAUUGGCAUUUUUAAAUAUAAUAUGUUCUGUACAAAUUGAAGGUGUAAAUAAUUCACAUAAUGAAAAUCUACAACAGAGUGAUGAGUCUAAUACUACCAGAAGUUCAUUGUUGUGGAAAUCCUUUGAUGAGCAAUAUAACAGACAGAAAGCUUCACAUAACCCACAAGCAGCCAGUAUUAUAGAAGUUGAUAAAUAUUUGAAUGAACCAAUUUUAAAUAGGCAUGAAAACCCUCUUACCUGGUGGAAUAGUAGAAAGUCCCAAUAUCCCCGCUUAUAUAAUUUAGUAUUAAAAAGACUAUGCAUUAUUGCUACAUCUGUUCCGUGUGAGAGACUCUUUAGUAAGGCUGGAAUGACAUUAACUGACCAAAGAAACCGGAUUAAACCAAGCAAAGCAUCUCAAAUACUUUUUUUAAACCAAAAUCUAUAA